AUGGCAGGACCCGAAGUAUCCCACGGCCGUGGUGGCGCCGGUAACAUCAACCCGGACGACACCAAGUACGUUGACGGAGAAGUCGUCAGAGCAGGCGCCACAGGUAGCCACGGCGAUGGCGCGUUUAGCACCGGUCGCGGAGGAGCAGCAAACAUAGGCGACGCAGGCGUCAAACCCCACCGCCGCGCCGACAAAGAUAUCAUCCCCGACGUGGCCAUCCGCCACUCCACGGAGACGGAGAACUACCACACCGGUCGGGGCGGCGCCGGUAACGAGCGUCACGUUUCUCCGGCCGGUAUUGGCAGCGGCAGCGACAAGGCCAAGAAAGAGGCGGCUGCUGCUGUGGACAAGGGGACCGGGGGUGACCAUCCUGCUGAUGUUCACCAUCAUGGCCAUGGACAUGAGAGACAGCAUAGUUUGGCGGAUAAGCUCAAGUGGAAGCUGUUUGGAAAGCCGAAGGGGCAUGAGACUGAGGUUACGCAUGUUUCGCAUGCUGGGGAGGGUCACUAG